GGAGAGCGCACGCGCACAGCGCCCCGCCGCCCACCUUCAGGCUCUGGGCGGGACCUCCGGGCGGUGUGGGCGGGACUCGACUCUUUGGCCCACCCCUCCGUGUCCCCGCUGCUCGCCAGUGGACGCCGACGUCAUGACGUCGCGUUCCGUAGGGCCCUUCCCGGCUUUGGUGGGUCACGUGAGCUACUUUUCGCGCGAAACCUGGUUGUUGCUGGAGUGGCUGAGAGGAUCGUGGUACUGCGAUGGCGGAAUCAUCGGAGUCCUUCACCAUGGCAUCCAGCCCGGCCCAGCGUAGGCGAGGCAAUGAUCCUAUCACCUCCAGCCCUGGCCGAAGCUCCCGGCGUACUGAUGCCCUGACCUCCAGCCCUGGCCGUGACCUUCCACCCUUUGAGGAUGAGUCUGAGGGGCUCCUAGGCACAGAGGGGCCCCUGGAAGAAGAAGAGGAUGGAGAGGAGCUCAUUGGAGAUGGCAUGGAAAGGUAAUUUCAAUCAAUGCCCUGGACUCAGCAGACAAUUUUGCAGAGAGCCCAUUGUGUGUCUGAGAAUCGUGAGAGCCUGGUGGUGAACUAUGAGGACCUGGCAGCAAGGGAGCACGUGCUGGCCUACUUCCUGCCCGAGGCGCCGGCGGAGCUGCUGCAGAUCUUUGACGAGGCUGCCCUGGAGGUGGUACUGGCCAUGUACCCCAAGUACGACCGUAUCACCAACCACAUCCAUGUCCGCAUCUCCCACCUGCCUCUGGUGGAGGAGCUGCGCUCGCUGAGGCAACUGCAUCUGAACCAGCUGAUCCGCACCAGUGGGGUGGUGACCAGCUGCACUGGCGUCCUGCCCCAGCUCAGCAUGGUCAAGUACAACUGCAACAAGUGCAAUUUCGUCCUGGGGCCUUUCUGCCAGUCCCAGAACCAGGAGGUGAAACCAGGCUCCUGUCCCGAGUGCCAGUCGGCCGGCCCCUUUGAGGUCAACAUGGAAGAGACCAUCUAUCAGAACUACCAGCGUAUCCGAAUCCAGGAGAGUCCAGGCAAAGUGGCGGCUGGCCGGCUGCCCCGCUCCAAGGACGCCAUUCUCCUUGCGGAUCUGGUAGACAGCUGCAAGCCAGGAGACGAGAUAGAACUGACUGGCAUCUAUCACAACAACUAUGAUGGCUCCCUCAACACUGCCAAUGGCUUCCCCGUCUUUGCCACUGUCAUCCUGGCCAACCACGUGGCCAAGAAGGACAACAAGGUCGCUGUAGGGGAACUGACCGACGAAGAUGUGAAGAUGAUCACUAGCCUCUCCAAGGAUCAGCAGAUCGGGGAGAAGAUCUUUGCCAGCAUUGCUCCUUCCAUCUAUGGUCAUGAAGACAUCAAGAGAGGCCUGGCUCUGGCCCUGUUUGGAGGGGAGCCCAAAAACCCAGGUGGCAAACACAAGGUACGUGGCGAUAUCAACGUGCUCUUGUGUGGAGACCCUGGCACAGCAAAGUCGCAGUUUCUCAAGUAUAUUGAGAAAGUGUCCAGCCGAGCCAUCUUCACCACCGGCCAGGGGGCGUCAGCUGUGGGCCUCACGGCGUAUGUCCAGCGGCACCCUGUCAGCAGGGAGUGGACCUUGGAGGCUGGGGCCCUGGUUCUGGCUGACCGAGGAGUGUGUCUCAUUGAUGAAUUUGACAAGAUGAACGACCAGGACAGAACCAGCAUCCAUGAGGCCAUGGAGCAACAGAGCAUCUCCAUCUCGAAGGCUGGCAUCGUCACCUCCCUGCAGGCUCGCUGCACCGUCAUUGCUGCCGCCAACCCCAUAGGAGGGCGCUACGACCCCUCGCUGACCUUCUCCGAGAACGUGGACCUCACAGAGCCCAUCAUCUCACGCUUCGACAUCCUGUGUGUGGUGAGGGACACCGUGGACCCAGUCCAGGAUGAGAUGCUGGCCCGCUUCGUGGUGGGCAGCCACGUCAGACACCACCCCAGCAACAAGGAGGAUGAGGGGCUGGCCAACGGCAGCGCCACCGAGCCCGCCAUGCCCAAUACAUAUGGUGUGGAGCCCUUGCCCCAGGAGGUCCUGAAGAAGUACAUCAUCUAUGCCAAGGAGAGGGUCCACCCAAAGCUCAACCAGAUGGACCAGGACAAGGUGGCCAAGAUGUACAGUGACCUGAGGAAAGAAUCUAUGGCGACAGGCAGCAUCCCCAUUACGGUGCGGCACAUCGAGUCCAUGAUCCGCAUGGCGGAGGCCCACGCGCGCAUCCAUCUCCGGGACUAUGUGAUCGAAGACGAUGUCAACAUGGCCAUCCGCGUGAUGCUGGAGAGCUUUAUAGACACUCAGAAGUUCAGCGUUAUGCGCAGCAUGCGUAAGACUUUUGCCCGCUACCUUUCAUUCCGGCGUGACAACAAUGAGCUGUUGCUCUUCAUACUGAAGCAGUUAGUGGCAGAGCAGGUGACAUAUCAGCGCAACCGCUUUGGGGCCCAGCAGGACACUAUUGAGGUUCCUGAGAAGGACUUGGUGGAUAAGGCUCGUCAGAUCAACAUCCACAACCUCUCUGCAUUUUAUGACAGUGAGCUCUUCAGGAUGAACAAGUUUAGCCACGACCUGAAAAGGAAGAUGAUUCUGCAGCAGUUCUGAGGUCCUGCGCCAUCCAGAAAGAUUUGGUUUGAGGCAGUCAGACUGAGUGAUCAGUGCCCUCUGUGCUUUAUGGGCACAAAACCAGAGCACUCCAUGAACUUGGGGUGCUAGGGUCAGGGCUUGUAGCAGGAUGUCUGGCUGCACCUGGCAUGACUGUUCGUUUCUCCAAGCCUGCUUUGUGCUUCUCACCUUCUGGGUGGGAUUCCUUGCCAGUGUGUCUUACUUGGUUGCUGAACAUCUUGCCACCUCCGAGUGCUUUGUCUCCACUCAGUACCUUGGAUCAUAGCUGUGAGUUCAGGAUGCCUGCGCGUGGUUUAGGUGUUAGCCUCCUUACGUGGAUGUCAGGAGAGCUGCUGCCCUCUUGGUGUGAGUUUCGUAUUCAGGCUGCUUCUGCAACCUUUGGCCAGAGAGCUGGUUGAAGAUGUUUGUAAUCUUUUCAGUCUCCUGCAGGUUUCUGUGUCCCUGUGGUGGAAGAGGGCACAACAGUGCCAGCGCAGCAGCCUGGGCUCCUAAGUCGCAGGGAUGGGAUGUGAGUCAUGUGGAUUAUCCACUCAUUACCAGCUGCCAUUGCUGCCUGUUUCCCCACUCUCUUAUUCGUGCAUUAAGUUUGGUUUCUGUAGUUUUAAUUUUUAAUAAAGUUGAAUAAAAUAUAAA